AUGGGGGCAUCGAGCAGUCGAGCUCCGCCGCCCCAUGCUGCAGCCCUCCAACUCCAAGCGGGCUGUGAUGUAGGUACCGUCGGCAAAUAUGCGUCUGUCUGCCACGUGCAUGGAAUGGCAGUGGCAGUGCCAAAUCGGGCUCAGAAAGUAUUGGCAGUGGACCCUGCAAGGGAUCAGACUUCGACGAUUGACCUCCCUGUCGGGAUUGACGCAAGCAGGUCCUACAAGUUUUCUUCGGUCUGCUAUGUGAAGGAAGUGCUUGUUGCGGUCCCUCUUGAUGCGGAGAAGAUCUUGGUGCUGAAUCCUUUAACUGGCCAGUCUCAAUCCAUCGGUCUGCCGUCAGGAAUGGAGGCAAGCAUGCCUUGCAAGUUUGGGUCUGUCUGCAGCGUGAACGGCCGAGCAGUGGCGGCACCAAGUGGUGCCGAGAAGAUCUUGGUGGUGGAUCCUGAAGAUGGCCACGUCUGGGGCAUUGAACUCCCCGUGGGCAUUGAUGCAAGCAAAUGCUGCAAGUAUCGGUCCGUCUGCAAUGUGAACGGGAAGGCCGUCAUGGCCCCCUGUAAUGCUGAGAAGAUCUUGGUGGUGGACCCUGAAGCUAGCCAGGCUUGGGCCAUCGACCUACCCUUUGGCGUUGAUGCACGCGCUGAGUGGAAGUAUUUCUCAGUUUGCAGUUUGAUGGGGAGGGCGGUGGCGGUGCCACUCGAUGCCGAAAAGAUCUUGGUGGUGGAUCCUGCAACAUGCCUGGCUCAAGCCAUUCACCUUCCUGCGGGGAUUGAUGCAAGCAGAUGCGACAAGUAUUGUUCCGUUUCCGUGGUGAGUGGAAGGGCAGUGGCAGUGCCAUGGAAUGCCAAGAAAAUCUUGGUGGUGGACCCUGCAACCGGCCAGGCUUUGGCCAUCGACCUCCCCACAGGAAUUGAUGCCAGCAGGGCUCGAAAGUUUUUGUGCGCCUGCGCUGUGAAUGGUAAAGCAGUGGCGGUGCCAAGUGGUGCCGAGAAAGUGUUGGUAGUGGAUGCUGCAAAUGGUCAGGCUUCCGCCCUCGACCUCCCUGCAGGCGUUGAUGCAAGCAGACCCCGCAAAUAUGAGUCAGUUUGCAGCAUGAAGGGGCGGGCCGUGGCGGUGCCAUUUGAUGCUGAGAUGGUUUUGGUGGUGGAUCCUACAGCUGGCAAGGCUUCGGCCAUCGACCUCCCAGCAAGCAUGCCAUCUUGCAGCAUGAACGGAACAAUUUUUGUUGAACAGACUUUGGGUAUGCGUUUGUCUACAGACUGCCUCAACCCCACCCUCCACCAUAGUAAUAUUCACUGCUUGCCAAUAUACGCCGAGCUCCUGGCAGCUUUGCUGAGCUGCUGGGUGCACACGGACGAGCGAGAGCCACCGCAGAUCGAGUAUGCAGCCAUGCACGUCCACCGGCUGAUCCAGCCGGCUGGCGUUGGUUCAACUGUAAACUUUGCAACCGUGACAGCUGAAUUGCCAACUGGCAACGUGCUGUACGUGGUCUUGAAGAGCAACUUCUGCAUCCUGGACUUCCUGAGUUGGAAUCUGGAGCUGGAUCAUACAAUGACCCAGGAUCCCGAUUUCUUCAUCCAUGCUGGAGCAGCAAGAGCCGUUCAGGAUGCGCUCUUCUGGCUAGAGCACAACUUGCUGGAGCGGCUGAAGGAGGCAAAGAAGAACCGGACGUGGAGGAUUAUCUUCACCGGCCAUUCCUCAGGAGGAAUGUAUGCUGCAGUGCUCCUUUUCUUGUUCUGGAAGAAGAUGGGAUCGACGGAUGUUGGUUGCUUGUUGUGUAACUUCGAUGUGCAGUGCGUCACCUUUGGCUCUCCAAUGGUCUUCGGUGGCGGCUCCCAGCAAGCUCAGGACUUCAAAGCAUUUGCGCAGAAGCGAGCGGUGAACUACAUCAACGGGAACGACCCCUGCCCCCGCGCCUGGGGUGCCAUCAACCUCCGGCGCUUUGUGGAAGUAGCGGUCCAGAGUGCCGAGAGCGGACUCGUGGAUGAUCUUCGUAGCAUCGACGGGUUGGUUGCCUCACAGGCCGUGACGGCAGCAGCACGACAGUUGCUGAGCCGCCCGGACUUCCACUUCAUGGAAGAUGUUGCGAAGAGAUAUCAGCAUUUCGCGGAGUUGAGGGUUCUGAGCCCACAGAGUCAGUUCUCUCACUGGAGAGGCUUCUGUCACGCCCCAGACAGCCUCCGUGAUCACUCCAUGCUUGCUUACAUGUCCCGUCUCUUCGAUGCCUUCAGUGCGGACAGCUCAGAGUGCUAUGUACACAGCCAGACUGCCCGAGUCGAGCAGUCUCGGAAGGUCUCGGUGCGCACGGGUGGCAAAGCCUACUUUGAAAGUGCAACGGCAGUCGCAGUGCCGCGGAAUGCUGAGAAGAUUUCGGUGGUGGACCCUGCAACUGGCCAGGCUUCGGCCAUCGAGCUUCCCACGGGCAUCGAUGCAAGCAGGAGGGAGAAAUUUGUGUCCGUCUGCAACGUGAACGGCAAGGCAGUGGCAGUGCCUGCACAUGCUGAGAAGAUUUUGGUGGUGGACCCUGCCAAUGGCCAGGCUUUGGCCAUCGACCUCCCUGAAGGCAUUGAUGCAGGCAGGGCGGGGAAAUUUCGGUCCGUCUGCAAUGUGAACGGCAAAGCAGUGGCGGCGCCGUAUGAUGCUGAGAAGAUUCUGGUGGUGGACCCUGCAGCUGGACGGGCUUCUGCCAUCGACCUCCCCGCAGGAAUCGAUGCAAGCAGGACGAGCAAGUUUGUGUCCGUCUUCAGCAUGAAUGGCAAAGCAGUGGCAGCGCCAUAUGAUGCGGAGAAGAUUUUGGUGGUGGACCCCGCAACUGGCCAGGUUUCGGCUAUCGACCUCCCGACAGGCAUCGAUCCAAGCAGGAGGGGGAAAUUUGUGUCCGUCUUCAACAUGAACGUGAAAGCAAUUGUGGUGCCCUAUCAUGGAGAGAAGAUUUUGGUGGUGGACCUCGCAAAUGGCCAGGCUUCCGCCAUCGACCUCCCUGCGGGCAUUGAUGCAAGCAGGGAAGGGAAAUAUCUGUCCGUUUGCAACGUGAACGGCAAGGCAGUGUCCGUUCCUGCCCACGCUGAGAAGGUUGUUGUUGUGGACCCUGCCACCGGCCACGCUUCGGCCAUCGACCUCCCGGAAAGCAUUGAUGCAAGCAGGGUCGACAAAUUCUGGUCCGUCUGCAACGUGAGCGACAAGGCAGUUGCUGUGCCUGUUGGUGCUGCAGCGAUUUUGGUGGUUGACCCUCUGGCUGGGCAGGCCUCGGCCAUCGACCUCCCCAAGGGCAUUGAUGCAAGCAGAGAGUAUAAAUAUGUGUCCGUCUGCAACGUGAACGGCAAGGCCGUGGCAGUGCCGUUCAGUGCCGAGAAAACUUUGGUCGUGGAGUUGCCGCCCUCCAAAGCCGGCCAGCUCAACCUCAGCCUGCAGCAAAGCACUGUCCAGCAGACGCCCGUUUUCGCCGAGCUCGUGGCCGCUUUGUUGAGCUACUGGGUGUACACGGACGAGCCAGAACCUCCACAACUCGAUCAUGCUUCCAUGCAGGUUCAUCGAGUGAUUCAGCCUGGGGAGUUUGGCUCGUCCGUCAAGAUCGCAAGAGUCACUGCUGACCUGCCAACUGGCAAAGUGAUGUAUGUCGUCUUCAAAGGCACUUCGUACAUCUUGGAUUUCUUAAACUGGAAUCUGGAGCUGAAUCACGCCAUGACCCAAGAUCCCGACUUCUUCGUCCACGGCGGAGCAGCGAGCACCCUUCACGCGGCAAGCUUCUGGCUCGAGCAAGGCUUGCUAAAGCAUCUGGAGGAGGCGAGUGGGAAUGGGGUCCGUAGGGUCAUCCUCACAGGGCAUUCUUUGGGAGGAAUGUACGCAGAAGUGCUACUCUACCUUCUCUGGAAGAAGAUGGAAAGCCCUUCGCAAACUUCGAAGGAUGUUGUGUCCUUUCUGUCCGAUCUCGACAUGCGGUGCGUCACGUUUGGCUCUCCGAUGGUCUUCGGCGGUGGCUCCCAGCAAGCGCAGGAAUUCAAGGCAUUUGCACAGCAGCGAGCUGUGAACUACAUCAAUGAGAACGACCCCUGCCCACGCGCAUGGGGCGCCGUUGAUCUCCGGCCGUUUGUGGAAGUGGCGGCCCACAGCGUCCAGAACGGGCUGGUCGACGAGUUCGGCAGCGUGAAGGGCUUCGUUGCCUCGCAGGCCCUUGCAGCAGCAGCCCAGCAAGUCUUGAAUCGACCGGACUUCCAGCUGUUGGAGGAGUUCGCUGGCCGGUAUCAGCACUUUGCAGAGCUGAAGGUGCUAAGCUCAGAGAGGCGGGCCGCUCGCUGGAACGAGUUCCUGCUCACACCAACUAGUCUCGGUGACCACACCAUGCUAGCCUACGUGAACCGGCUCUUCGACGCCUUCGAUGACAGCCGGCCCGAGUGCCACAUUCACAGCCAGAUUGCCCGAGUCGAGCAGUCCCGGGACUUGCCUGAGCGCAGGGGUGGCAAAGCGACAACCAUCGACCUCCCCGCAGGGAUUGAUGCUCGCGGAUUUCGGAAAUUUGGUUCUGUCUGCAACGUGAAUGGCAAGGCAGUCGCGGCGCCGUACGAUGCCGAAAAGGCUUUGAUGGUGGAUCCUGCAACUGGCCAUGCUUCGGCCAUCGACCUCCCCGCGGGCAUUGAUGCAAGCAGGUCCGCCAAAUUUUGGUCAAUGAGCGACGUGAACGGCAAGGCAGUGGCGGUGCCGUGGAAUGAUGAUGUAGGCACAGUUGGCAAAUCUGCGGUUGUCUGCACCUCGAAGAUUUUGGUGGUGGACCCUGGAACUGGACAGGCUUCGGCCAUCGACCUCCCCGCAGGCAUUGAUGCAAGGACGAUAGUGAAAUUUGUGUCCGCGUGCAACGUGAACGGCAAGGCAGUGGCGGCUUCGGCCAUCGACCUCCCUGCAGGCAUUAAUGCAAGCAGGACUUAUCAGGCUAAAUAUUGGUCCGUCUGCAACGUGAAUGGCAAGGCAGUGGUGGUGCCGCUCGGCCUGCAUCAAAGCACUGUUCAGGAGACGUCCGUUUUCGCCGAGCUCGUAGCAGCUGUGUUGAGCUACUGGGUGUACACAGACGAGCCGGAACCUCCAGAACUCGAUCAUGCUUCCAUGCAAGUCCAUCGAGUGAUUCAGCCUGGCGAGUUUGGCUCAGCUGUCAAGAUCGCAACGGUCACGGCUGACCUGCCGACUGGCCAGGUGCUGUACGUCGUGUUCAAGGGCACCUCCUACAUGUUGGAUUUCCUCAACUGGAAUCUGGAGCUCAAUCAUGCCAUGACUCAAGAUCCCGACUUCUUCGUCCACAGCGGAGCAGCCGGCACCAUUCAGUCGGCAAGCUUCUGGCUUGAGCAGACGUUUCUAGCGCGGCUGGGGGAGGCGAGGGAGAACGGGGUGCGGAGAGUUGUCUUCACAGGUCACUCCCUUGGAGGAAUGCAUGCAGCACUGCUGCUCUACUUGUUUUGGAAGAAGAUGGACGAUGCAGCACGAGAUGUUGUGUCCGUUCUGUCCGGAUUCGAUGUGUGGUGCGUCACCUUUGGGUCUCCGAUGGUCUUUGGUGGUGGCUCCCGGCAAGCUCAGGAAUUGAAAGACUUCGCGCAGGGGCGAGCCGUGAACUACUUUUACUUUUACGAGAACGACCCCUGCCCACGCGCGUGGGGUGCCGUGAAUCUCCGGCGCUUCGUGGAAGUGGCUGCUAAAAGUGUCCAGAACGGACUGGUGGACGAGCUGGGCAGUGUCAAAGGGUUCGUUGCCUCGCGGCCGUGGCUGGAGCAGCGCAGCAAGUAUUGA